CUGCCGGGUGCCAAGAGAACGGGACAGGACUCAACUUCGCCGGAGCCGCAGCUGUGUGCUACGGACCGAUCAUGGGUGACUGGAGCUUUCUGGGUAAUAUUUUAGAGGAAGUGAAUGAGCACUCGACGGUGAUCGGCCGGGUGUGGCUCACGGUCCUCUUCAUCUUCCGCAUCCUCAUCCUCGGCACGGCGGCCGAGUUUGUGUGGGGCGACGAGCAGAGCGAUUACGUCUGCAACACGCAGCAGCCUGGUUGUGAGAAUGUGUGUUACGAUGAGGCCUUCCCUAUCUCCCACAUCCGCCUGUGGGUCCUCCAGAUCAUCUUCGUCUCUACGCCGUCUCUGGUCUACGUGGGCCACGCUGUACAUCACGUUCACAUGGAGGAAAAGCGCAAAGAGCGCGAGGAGGCGGAGCUUAGCCGUCAGCAGGAGCUAAGCGAGGAGCGGUUGCCGCUGGCGCCCGACCAGGGAAGCGUCCGCACCACCAAGGAGACGAGCACCAAGGGCAGUAAGAAGUUCCGCUUGGAGGGCACACUGCUGAGGACCUACAUCUGCCACAUCAUCUUCAAAACUCUGUUUGAGGUGGGAUUCGUUGUGGGCCAGUACUUCCUGUACGGCUUCCGCAUCCUGCCACUGUACAAGUGCAGCCGCUGGCCCUGCCCAAACACGGUGGACUGCUUUGUGUCUCGCCCCACAGAGAAGACCGUCUUCAUCAUCUUCAUGCUGGCCGUGGCCUGCGUCUCGCUCUUCCUCAAUUUCGUGGAGAUCAGUCACUUGGGCCUGAAGAAAAUACGCUUUGUCUUCAGGAAACCAGUCCCCGCCCCAGCCCAGGGUGAGGGCUCAUCCCCCCUGCCCCUCCCAGGGAAGAGCCUGCCCCCCCUGACCGUGCCUUCUCUGCAGAGGGCCAAGGGCUACCGGCUGCUCGAGGAGGAGAAGGCACCCCCUGUCACACACCUGUACCCUCUGACAGAGGUGGGCAUGGAGGCUGGGAGGCUGGCACCACCCUUCCAGAGUCUGGAGGAAAAACCGGAGGAGGUCUUGCCCAUGGAAGAAAUCUCUAAGGUGUAUGAUGAGACUCUUCCCUCCUAUGCCCAGACCACUGAGACAGCAGGGGUGACACUACACCCGGAGGAGCCCGAGGAAGAGGUGCAGGCAAGGGAGGAGUCAGAGGAGAGGGUGGAGGAGGUGGUGGAUGAGGAGGAGGAGGUGGAGGAGGAGGUUGACGGGGAGGGUGGGCCACCUGCAGAGGUGGGGAUGGAGGCGGCAGAUACGAUAGAAGAUACGAGACCACUGAGCAGGUUGAGUAAGGCCAGCAGCAGGGCACGGUCAGACGAUCUCACUGUAUGAACCUGUGAGGGAAAACACACACACGACAACAUACACUCUUUUACUCACAUUAGCUUACAUUGAAUGCAAGGGAGCAAACACAAAUCUAACUCAAAAU